AUGGAGGACGAGGACUUCGGCGAAGAUGUGCUAGUGACGACGCGUGGGGAUGGCGCUAGCAUUAAGGAAGAGGCCAAGACGGAGGAGUCCAGAGCUACGUGGGAAGCUAGUGAGGAUUCCGCAGUUAAAACUGAGAAGAAGGAUGACGAUGAAGACGAGGACGAGGAGCUCUAUGGCGGCGUCUCCAUCAAGCUCAACGCGUCUGCGACGUCACAGGCUGAAGCUGCAGCAGAGGCCGCUGCUGCUGCUGCGAAUAAUCCAUCUGCAUACAAACCCAGUGACAAUCCGGCGGCGGACUCAGAUGACGAUGAGGACGACGAAGACGUGGCCAUCGUGCUGAGCACAGACCACGGCAGCAAACCUACGCUGCGCUUCACAGGUGGUGGCAAUCGCUACGUGCGUGGCAGCUUUGGUGGCACGCAACAUGGAGGUACUGGAGCUCCGGGAGCUGGAGCCAUAACGGGCUCUCAACCUGGAGAUGUGGGCGGGUCCACUGUGGACGGAGUGGACGAUAUGGCGAUGUUUGGGGGACGACGCACAGCAUUUGAUGUGGAUAUUGACCUGCUUGAGGACAGACCUUGGCGCAAACCUGGUGUGGAUAUCUCCGAUUAUUUUAAUUACGGGUUUGAUGAGCACAGCUGGAGAGAAUACGCUGGCCGGCAGCUGCGAUUGAGACGCGAUUUGGCCGUGGAAAAGUCGAGAGAACAAGCGUCCAGACAGGCGGUGAAUGCAGCUAAUCAACAAGCCAUGCGAGAUCGUGAUGCGAAGAUGCAAGGACGAGGGGCAGGCGGGAUGCCACCGCGUGGGUUCCCUGGACCGAUGAAGCAGGAAGGCGGAGACGAGCGGUCAGGAGAGUGGGGCACUGGUGGCAAUGGGAUGCCUCCCAUGGGCGGUGCUCCACCUCGGGGAGGUGGCUUUAUGGGCGGCCCUCCUCCGCGGGGAUGGCAUCCUGGAAUGGGUCCACCGCCGGGCUUUAUGGGGCAGCAGAACUGGAACGGUCCUUCGAUGGGAGGCGCACCGUGGGGCUCGGGGCCCGGUAGAGGCCCACCUUGGAUGGGCGGCAGAGGUCGCGGAGGUGGCCGUGGGGGCUUUGAUGAUCGCGGGCGCAGUGGUAAAGACGACCGUGAUGAUAGACGCGGUGGUCGAUCCAGAGAAGCAAGUCGCGAUCGGUCGAGAUCUCGUGAUCGCUCUCGUCGCGAGGAGUCAAGAGGAAGCGGUCGACGGGAUGGUGGAAAAGACGCUAGCGAGAAGGACCGAGGCCGUGACAGAGACCGAGAUGAUAGACGUGGACGCGAACGUGAUCGAGGCCGUGAACGUGGCCGUGAGGAUAGCCGCGACAGUGGACGUGACCGUGAUCGCGGGCGUCCUCGAGAGCGCGACGGACGCGGAGGAAGUGGAUCAGUAGAGCAGGACAGAGCGAGUGGACGCAACCGGGGAGACCGAGGUGGACGCUCUCGCUCUCGCGACCGUGAUUCUCGCAAGCGAAAGGGGCGAGAUGAAAGCUCUGGCAGCAGCCGAGGUCCCAGCAAGCGGCGGCAUUAGACAGACCAACGCCUCAACAUCCAAGACAAAUAAGGAGUUGCGUUUAAACUU